GUCAUUUUGUGUUUAGAUUGACUUUGAUGAAGGAUAGAUAAUUGACAUGGCUCUACUUAGUCUCUUGAUUUUGGGCACACUUGUUCCAGGCCACCUGGCUCUUACUUAUACCGACUGUGGAUCUAACUUCAGGCACCCAGAGUACACCGACAUCGCAGUGUCUUGCGGGACCCAAACAAUUAAUUUGGCAAUCCAAGUUUGUCCUAUCCUUUAUACAGGAUAUAAUGAGAGCUUGUUGAUUUUAAACCAGAUGGCUGACCCUCUGUGUCGGGGAACCCUGGAUGCGACUGCGAAUCCUCCAGUUGUGCGCUUCAGUUUCCCUCUCAGGCAAGCGGAUGCAUGUGGCAGCAACUUCAUAACCACCAGCGCUGCAGGCACCGGGGUAUUCUCAGACUUCUCCAACAUCCAGACGGUUAACGUCAGUGGGGUGGUCCGAUCCUACGAUCCCACAGUGGGAACAGUGACUUACAAUGCUGAACUGAAAUACUUUUACUCGUGUUCAUAUCCACUUGAGUACCUCAUCAACAAUACAGAAGUGGAUGUGUCAUCGUCCUCAAUUGCAGUAAAGGACAACAACGGAAGCUUCAUCAGUACAUUAAGCAUGCAGCUCUUCAAAGAUGUGAACUACACAACUCCACUUGUUAUGGGACCAUUGGGCCUUGAGCUCAGAACCCGAAUCUAUGUGCAGGUCAUUGCAGCAAACUUGACCUCACAGUAUCAUGUUCUGCUUGAUCGAUGCUAUGCCUCCAUCUCUCCCUUGCCCUCCAAUUCAACCUUUUUUAAUCUCUUUGUCCCGUGCUCGAGGGAUCAGAUGACCAUCAUGCUGGAGAACGGUAACAGUCAGAGAGCUCGCUUCAGUUUCCCAGCUUUCCGGUUUAUUGAGCAGCAGAAUCAGACCGUCGCCACCUAUUACCUCCACUGCAUUACUAGGCUUUGUGAAAUUGCCACCUGCACCCAAUUCAUGCAAUGCAGAAGGAAACGAGACACUCAAACCACCACAAUGAAAGGUGGCGUCUCAGACAGCACCCUCCUCACCUCAGGACCUAUUAGGACUCAAGCUGACACCCCUCUUGCCACUAAUGAAGGAGCCAUGGCCAGUGCUCAGAAGAACAGCGCUGGUGGGGCAUCUGUAGGAAUGGCCAUCGCUCUGGCUGUCCUAGUUAUUGUGGGAACGGUUGCGGCCCUCAUGGCAGUGUCAUUUUACCGCAAACUCAAGAUGAUGCGCUAACUGCAAGAGGUUGAAAAGCUCUUAUAUGUAGAACAAAAACAGCGCUGGUGGAGGUGUGAUUGUGUGAUCUGUACUAUUACCAUUACUUUUAACAUGAACGCUUUUACAGCAUAGCAGACACAGCAUUAUUUAAGAAAAAAUACAAAAAGAGCAAUUGAGUACCCUAUGCUGCAGUUAAAAAUUAAAUGCAAUAUUUAAGAAUGUUUAUAGAGACUAUUAUGCAGAAUUUAUUUACCUUUAAAUAUAUACUGAUGUACUUCAUAUUUUAUAUAGUUUAUCAAAUAUUACAUAGCUGCAGUGCAUUUGAAAACAAACAGGAUUUUGUAUAAAAAAAAGAGAUCAACAUUGAUGGUGCAAACAAGGCAAUAAAGUGAAGUAUAUUAUGAGAUGCAAUAAACAGUUGUCUUAUCAUAAUAGGUCUGUGAUAAGUUUUCCAAAGUUAUGUUACAGUAAUAAGCAGGAUCAAGGCUUUAGGAUUGACAGCUUAAUAUGCUUAACUGCUUCAUGAAGAGCCCUUCUUUGAUUUAGGAGAUUUGUAUCUUAUUAUAAAAUAUGAAAGGAAAGUGCACUUUUGGAAUGGGGCUUGUAGGCAUGCUUACAACAAAUAUGUAACAUUCAAAACAAUUCUGAUAAAAAUGAUCUUGUAUCUUAAUUUUAUUUGUUGAAUUUGUCCUUCUAUUGCAUGCAAUGUCGUUAAUAAAGGCUUGUAGGAUUGUAAGAACAA